UUUGACAAAUGCAAGGACCUCCCUCAUCUGUCAGCCUGUGCUGAACUUAUUGGCGGUGACUGGAAUCCUUAAGGGCCUAUUAAAUUUCUGGAGACAAAAGCUAAGAUGAAGGACAUGCCACUCCAAAUUCAUGUGCUGCUUGGCCUAGCUAUCACUACUCUAGUACAAGCUGUAGAUAAAAAAGUGGAUUGCCCACAAUUAUGCACAUGUGAAAUCAGGCCUUGGUUUACGCCCAGAUCCAUCUAUAUGGAAGCAUCCACAGUAGACUGCAAUGAUUUAGGGCUUUUAAACUUCCCAGCCAGAUUGCCUGCGGACACACAGAUUCUGCUCCUACAGACUAACAACAUUGCAAGAAUUGAACAUUCCAUAGACUUUCCAGUGAACCUUACUGGCCUGGACUUAUCUCAAAACAAUCUGUCUUCAGUCACAAAUAUUAACAUACAAAAGAUGCCUCAGCUUCUUUCUGUGUACCUAGAGGAAAACAAACUAACUGAGCUGCCUGAAAAAAGUCUCUAUGGGCUGGGCAACUUACAAGAACUCUACAUUAACCACAAUUUGCUUUCUACCAUUUCACCCGGAGCCUUUAUUGGCCUACAUAACCUUCUUCGACUUCAUCUCAAUUCAAACAGACUGCAGAUGAUCAACAGUAAGUGGUUUGAUGCUCUUCCCAAUCUAGAGAUUCUGAUGAUCGGGGACAACCCCAUCAUCAGAAUCAAAGACAUGAACUUCCAGCCACUUCUCAAUCUUCGCAGCCUGGUUAUAGCUGGCAUAAACCUCACGGACAUACCGGAUAAUGCCUUGGUUGGGCUGGAAAACUUGGAAAGCAUCUCUUUUUACGAUAACAGGCUUAUUAAGGUACCCCAAGUUGCUCUUCAAAAAGCUGUAAACCUCAAAUUUUUGGAUCUAAAUAAAAAUCCUAUUAACAGAAUACGAAGGGGUGAUUUUAGCAAUAUGCUACAUUUGAAGGAGCUGGGGAUAAACAACAUGCCUGAACUUGUCUCCAUUGACAGUCUAGCUGUGGAUAACUUGCCAGAUUUAAGAAAAAUAGAAGCUACUAACAACCCCAGAUUGUCUUACAUUCACCCCAAUGCAUUUUUCAGACUCCCCAAGCUCGAAUCCCUCAUGCUGAACAGCAACGCCCUCAGUGCCCUCUACCAUGGUACCGUAGAAUCUUUGCCAAACCUCAAGGAAAUCAGCAUACACAGCAAUCCCAUCCGGUGCGACUGUGUCAUCCGCUGGAUUAACAUGAACAAAACCAACAUUCGAUUUAUGGAACCGGAUUCUCUGUUCUGUGUGGACCCACCUGAAUUCCAAGGCCAGAAUGUUCGGCAAGUGCAUUUCCGGGAUAUGAUGGAAAUUUGUCUCCCUCUUAUAGCUCCCGAGAGCUUUCCUUCUAGCUUGGAUGUAGAGGCUGACAGCUAUGUGUCCCUUCACUGCAGAGCUACUGCAGAACCCCAGCCUGAAAUCUACUGGAUCACACCUUCUGGUAAAAAACUAUUGCCAAAUACUCUGAGAGAGAAGUUCUAUGUUCAUUCUGAAGGCACACUAGACAUAAGUGGCAUAACCCCAAAGGAAGGGGGGUUAUACACUUGUAUAGCAACUAACCUAGUUGGUGCUGACUUGAAGUCUAUUAUGAUCAAAGUGGGAGGUUCUGUUCCUCAGGAUAAUAAUGGUUCACUGAAUAUUAAAAUAAGAGAUAUUCAGGCCAAUUCCAUUCUGUUAUCUUGGAAAGCAAGCUCUAAAAUUCUCAAAUCCAGUGUUAAGUGGACAGCCUUUGUCAAGACUGAAGAUUCUCAUGCUGCCCAAAGUGCUCGAAUACCAUCUGAUGUCAAGGUAUACAAUCUUACUCAUCUGAAACCAUCUACUGAGUAUAGAAUUUGUAUUGAUAUUCCCACCAUCUACCAGAAAAGCAGAAAACAAUGUGUGAAUGUCACCACAAAAAGUUUGGACCGUGAUGGAAAAGAAUAUGGAAAGAGUCACACAGCGUUUAUGGCCUGCCUUGGAGGGCUUUUGGGGAUUAUUGGCAUCAUGUGUCUACUCAGCUGCAUCUCACAAGAAAUGAACUGUAAGGGUGAACAACACAGUUAUCCGAGGAAUUACUUUCACAAACCAACUUUGGCACUGAGUGAGCUUUACCCCCCUCUGAUCAACCUCUGGGAAUCAGGCAAAGAAAAAAGUGCACCCUUGGAAGUAAAAACGACCAUUAUAGGUGUGCCAACAAACAUGUCCUAAAAACAACCAACCAAACCUACUUCAAAGAAAAGCUCAAGACUGCAGUAGUGCUGAAGGAAAAAAAAAGGCACAGAAAAACAAACAACAACAAAAACAGGCAGAGGAAUGUUACUUUCUGGAAGGAAGACUCAGCUUCACCAAUGCUGCUCCCGGCCAAUGAAAACGUGAAAGUUCAGCAUUUUAAUUGACUGGCUUCAAAGGGUACUGUGGCAACCAAAUAAAACAAUUCCAUUUUCUAGAACUUUCAUGUAACUUUUAUGUCAGGACUACAGUUAAUGUGAACAAAAACAUUUCUGUAUUUUUUUUAAGUGUAGAAGAGUAGUUGAACUGAGCAAUACCUCCUCCUGUGUUGUAUUACACGUUAGCCACGAGUUUUUGCAGUGACCAGAUAAACUUGAAUUGACACGUGGUGUAAGGAAAAGGACAAAUUCUAGAGA